GGCGUUGGGCUUCGGCGAGAGAGAGAAAAGCAAAACAACGUUUUGAUCCCAUUUACCGGCUGCUUGCAUUUUUAGACCGUAGUAAAACACGAUCUCCAUUACUGCAACAGGGAGUUGUAGUCCACACAAUACUGAUAAAUGCAUUGUAACCCGUUCUGCACUAAAAUCAACCGAAAGCUGGUGAUCUCGCUUUAGUUACAUUUAAACCAGGUUGAAAAUGACUUCGAAACGCCUUAUCGAGCAGCCUCGAGCCGGCGAAAGUGCGCACGAGGGGGGCUGCGUCGGACAGCGCGACCCUGUCAUCGCAGUGAUGAUAGCGACACGCGAGAACGGAGUGUUGAAUGGAAAAGCUUGUAAAAUAAAUGCGCACCACGAAAGUGCUUUAAAGAAUUCAGGCAAGGAAACCUCUCCGAAUGGACAUUUUUAUACCUCAACGGGAGAGAGGCACUACAUUCAUAAAAAGUUUGCAUGUGGCAGAGAGGAGGAUGAACAUAGCUCAGCAUCAAGUGGGCUCAUUAAACAAGGCUGUCCUGCUCGUUGCCUGAUCUUAAAUGGCCACAGGCUACAAGACCAAAUCCACAUGGAGGUUCGGAGCCCUGUAGGAGGGCCGGAGGAGCUUGGAUGUCGUCUGCCAUCACCCAAGGCCUCGCACCCAUACAUGUCCUCCAUCAUCCCCGUCCCGCAAGACAGGAGGCCUUCUGGUCUUGCUGAUAAGGAGGUGUUAGCCGCCACCGUCCUGACCACACUGUCCACCAGCCCAUUGGUGCUAAACCCCGCCCCCAGCAUCUCAGGUGUAGAGCUGGCAGCUAAAGGCUGGAAGGAAAGCCUGUCGGCCAGCUACAGCAGCUCCACCAGUGGAAACUGGAGCUGGGACGCUAGUGACCAAUCAGUGCCCUCCACCCCAUCCCCACCUCUUUCCAAUGAUGCCGGAAAGAGCUUCCUGCUUUCUCAGAGUGAUGACAACAUUGAGGAAACUGAGAGUACACACUUCCUGUUUGAGGACCCCAUCCCCCGGAAACGAAAGAACUCCAUGAAGGUGAUGUUCAAGUGUCUGUGGAAGAACUGUGAUAAAGUCCUCAGCACAUCCUCAGGGAUCCAGCGGCACAUUCGCACCGUUCACCUGGGGCGAAAUGGAGAUUCCGAUUACAGCGAUGGCGAGGAGGAUUUUUAUUACUCGGAAAUCGAGGUGAACAUGGAUACGCUUUCGGAGGGGCUGUCCAACCUCACACCCACCUCCCCCACUACAUCCGGGCCUCCCCCUGUGUUUCCUGUCCUGGCUUGUGAUGCAUUUCGCUCUGAGCCGGCCCAUGUCAUCAACACCCCGCUCAGCCAAUCAGCGCCGUCCGCGCUGUGCCACAUUCGCACUGACCACGCUUACCAGCUUCAUACACACACACACUGUGUUUUUCAGGCCACAACCCCUGUCAGCAUUCCCAGCAUGCCCUCCGAACCGCCUCACAGCGAGGACAGGAUCAGUGUAUCCUGGCAAUCGCCCCCUGUUAUAUUUAAAGGGCUACCGGGCCCGAUGACUCAAAUACGCACUGUUAGCAUUGGCGAGAAGAGACAACCUUUAAACCACACGACCACCACCACCAGCAGCAAAACUCACACCAGCAGCACCGCCACUGCCAAACCCAGUAAUGGAAGCAGGAAACCCCGCGGUGAAGCCAAGAAGUGUCGGAAGGUAUACGGCAUGGAGAAGAGGGACCUGUGGUGCACGGCGUGCCGUUGGAAGAAGGCCUGCCAACGCUUUACUGACUGAGCUUUGAACUUUCACUCCUUCAAAUUGUGCUUCUCUAUCACCGGUGUUCCCACGAAUCGAGCACCGCUUGUUGUCCGUACUCUCAGAAAUGACUUGCGAGAGCUUGACGUAAUGUCCUUCUGAGGGACGUGGCGUUUAAACGUCACCGUUUCCUCCGAGCCACAAGAGGGUGCUCUUGUUUUUCCUACAGCUUCCGUAGCGGAACACUGAGAUUUUAUUAAAAAAUAAAAAAAAACUGAAGAAAAAAGAUAAAAGUGAAAAAGGUUUUCGAAAAAAUAAGCAUAUCAGCUUUUGCGUUAUAUGCGUUGUUAUAUAAAGGCAAAAAGGAAGAUUUUGCAUACGAAAUCCAGAAAAAAGACACUUUCAGAUGCAGGUUUUGUCGUUUAUUACAGUAGCUGAAGCUUAAGCUGAAGUUUAUGUGUGGCAGACUUUAUACAUGGCAGUUUUAACUGUUAAAAACUCUGUAAGCUAA